AUGUCAGAUCCCAAGUCUUCCAGUGCGGAGGUCAAUGCAGUUCCCACGCCAUGCCCCGAAGGACAAAAUAAGGAAUUGUUGCCUCCUUCUAUCGGCGACAUCAAGUUGCCCGGUGCAGCUCGCAUGAAAGCCCUUUACUCUUCCCUUACAAUCGUGGAACGGACUGCUAUCUUCUUUAGCAUCUUCUUUAUUGGUUUUGCUUAUGGCCUCGACAACAUACUACGGGGCACAUACGAACCAUAUGCCACUUCCUCCUUCGGCGAGCAUUCACUCCUAUCUACUAUCAACGUUAUCCUCUCCGUUGUUGCCGCUGCUUCCCAACCAACUGCAGCCAAGAUCGCCGAUAUCUUUGGUCGAGUCGAGCUAGUUGUCUUUUCCGUCUUUCUCUACGUACUCGGUACUGUUGUGGAGGCUGUCGCGAAGAACGUCUCCACCUACGCUGGUGGUAGCGUCAUUUUCCAGGUCGGUCAGAGCAUGAUUAAGGCUCUUAACUCAAUCAUCAUUUCUGAUAUCACUUCGACCCGCUCGCGCCUUUUCUUCAGCUAUACUCCCAUCGCGCCGGCUCUUAUCACCACCUGGGUUAGCGGCAAUAUCGCCAAUGGCGUCCUUUCAGUUACCGACUGGCAUUGGGGUAUUGGGAUGUGGUGCAUCAUUUAUCCUGUUGCUGCAUCCCCUCUCAUCAUUAGCCUCUGGACUGUCACCCGGCGGCUUAAAAAGCAGGGUACCGUGGAGAAAUCUAGCACCCUCCUCCAGGCUCUCGGCCCAAGAAGGUUUAUAGCCGAAAUUUUUUGGAUGCUCGAUAUCAUCGGCAUCAUCCUUCUCGUUGCUAUCUUGGCCCUUCUUCUUGCGCCACUAACCAUUGCCGGGGGCAACCAGUCCAAAUGGAAGAGCGCCCAUAUUAUUGCACCUCUCGUUGUUAGCGCUUUUUGUGUUCCGGUCUUUAUCUACUGGGAACUCAGAGCUCCUCGUCCCUUGAUUCCCAUGACUCUUAUGAAAGAUCGAGCCGCCAAUUACCUUUACACGAUCCUUGUCGUAGGUUUCAACUUUGAUGUCACCGCCGCGACCCGUAUCUCCUCUCUGUUUUCCUUCGUUCAGGUUGUAGUCGGGCCCCUCCUCGGCUUGGUCGUCUUCCGGGUCCGGCGGCUCAAGAUGUUUAUCAUCAGUGGGACCAUGAUUUACACGGUCGGCUUCGGCCUCUUGAUCCGAUACCGCGGGUCCCUUACUGGCAACAGCAAGGUCGGCGUCAUUGCAGGCCAAGUGCUCCUAGGCUUCGGCAGUGCACUAUUCUCAUGGCCAGCUCAGGCGUCCAUGCAAGCUCACAUCAAGCAUGAACACCUCGCCGUUAUGACAGGCACGUUCCUGGCUUCAUAUAAUGUGGGCUCUGCUAUUGGAAACACAAUCUCGGGAGCGAUAUGGACCCAGCUUCUACCAUCCUCGCUCUAUGGAGAACUUGCCGGUAUUAACUCCACCCUGGCCACCUCCGCAUACAAGGAUCCGUUUACGGCGAUCGCCGAAUGGCCCAUGGGCACCCCUGAACGCACGGCGAUUGUUCGCUCCUACCAGUACAUCCAGCAACUCAUCACCAUCACUGGUAUUUGUCUCUGCGUGCCGAUUAUGGCGUUUGCUUUUGCCGUGCGCGACCCCAAACUUAACGACGAGCAAACUCUAGCUAGUGAUGAUGAUGAAAUGUCCUACCAAAGGGGGUUGUCACGGCCUGUGCAGCAGCCUGAGCCACUGAGCCAAUCAAGUUGCCAACAGCCGUACAAUAGCUCCAAUUCACCCACCUCUUGA